UGGCUCCACAGGGAGGAAAGAUGGCGACCUUACCGCAGUGGAGGCGUUUAGUGUUCUUUGAGAAGGAACCGGUCCGGUUACCGGGAGAAGAUGAGCAACUUCUCAGCUUGCCGCCUGGACUGAGUGUGUGCGACUCCGGCCGGGGCAGCUUGUUAUUCGGAGAUAUCCUGGAGUUUUAAUGGGAUGUGUAGACUGGUGUACAUUGUUAUUAUUAUUAAUAUCUGUACUCUUUGUAUAGAAAUGUAGGAUAAUAGAGGAUAAAAUGCCU